CGGAGGGGACAUGUGACUGACCCUGCAGCCAGGGCGGGUGGACUAGGGUGAUCGGGUGUCUGCGGGGUCAGAACGGCAACCUUGGGACUCUGGAGCGGCGCGCCUGCCAGGUACACAGAAGCCGUCCACACCUCGGAGCGGGGAGAACCAGAAGCGGGAGUCCCUCAGGAUACGGUGGAGAAAGUUCUCCAAAACAAAGUGCCUGAAUUCAGCAAGGGAUGGCACUGGCCUUGAUCCACCCUAGCAAGCGUGCAUACUCUUUGGCUCCCCUGGGUCUGAAGGAGGAGCUUCAGGGAUUCAGAGUUCAAGGAAACAGAAAAGGCCUUGGGCAGGAGCCAUUGAGCAAACAGUUCAGGCAGCUGCGCUAUGAGGAAAGCACUGGACCUCGAGAGGUUUUACGCCGACUCAGGGAGCUCUGCAGACAGUGGCUGCAGCCUGAGACCCGCAGCAAGGAGCAGAUCCUGGAGCUGCUGGUGCUGGAGCAGUUCCUGACCAUCCUGCCAAGAGAGCUGCUGGUCCGGGUGCUCGAGCACCACCCAGAGACUGGGGAGGACCUGGUGGGAAUACUGGAAGAUUUGCAGCGAGACCGUGGAGAAGCAGGACAACAGAAGGACCCAACCCAAGGAAACAGACAGACUGUGCUGGUCCUGCCUGAGCGGGAGGUGCGGAAGCCUGAGCCUGAGGUUCGGGCGCCUGAGUGGGAGGUGAAGAAGCCUGAGCAGGAGGUGCAGAAGUCUGAGCAGGAGGUGCGGAAGCCUGAGCAGGAGGUGCAGAAGCCUGAGCAGGAGGUGCAGAAGCCUGAGCGUGAGGUGCGGACGCCUGAGCGGGAGGUGAAGAAGCCUGAGCGGGAGGUGCGGAAGCCUGAGAAGGACAAGGGUAAGGAAACAAGGAAUGGGAGUGGGAAGCUUGUUAUAGUGACAGACCAUUGUGGAAGAAUCAAAUCAUCUUGUACAACAUCUAAACCCAUGGAGGCCCACAGUGAGAACUUGCACUUCAAAAAGCAACCAACCAUGCCCAAGGAGAAAACUAGCAGCCAAUGCUUGGAAACUAAGGAGGGACUUGUCCAGCACUCAGCCCUGACUGAACAUGAAAGGGCACAUGCAGGAGAAAAGUCUCGUGAAUCUGUAGUGUGUCAGAGUUCUGUUCCUACUGAGCAACAGGAAGUCCUCUCUAAAGAGAAAGGUCACCCCUGCCAUGAGUGUGGGAAAGUCUUUCAGAGGAGUUCACACCUCAUCAGACAUCAGAAAAUCCAUCUUGGUGAGAAGCCUUUCAAGUGCAAAGAGUGUGGGAAAGUCUUCAGCCAGAAUGCAGGCCUUUUGGAGCAUCUCAGAAUCCACACUGGAGAAAGACCCUAUCUGUGUAUCCAUUGUGGAAAGAACUUCAGAAGAAGCUCUCAUCUUAAUCGACACCAAAAAAUCCACAGUCAGGAGGAGCCCCGUCAGUGCAAGGAGUGUGGGAAAACCUUUAGUAAGGCCCUGCUCCUCACCCACCAUCAGAGAAUCCACGGCCGUGCCAAAAGACAUUAUUGUAACGAGUGUGGGAAAGGCUUCAGUUUGACUUCCGACCUUAUUCGACAUCACAGGAUUCACACUGGAGAAAAACCUUUCAAGUGUAAAGUGUGUCAGAAAGCCUUCCGUCUAAACUCACAUCUAGACCAGCAUGUCAGAAUCCACAAUGAAGAAAAACCCUACCAAUGUAGUGAAUGCAAAGAAGCCUUCAGGCAGAAGUCAGGUCUCUUUCAGCAUCAGAGACAUCACCACAAGAGCAAACUGGCUUGACGAGGUUCUCUGUUUGAGAUAUCGGAACGUUACAUUGACAAGCAAACAGUGCUUUUUAAAAAGUCACCUUGGCAUCAGAGUUCUUGGAGGCCAAAUUGGAAGCCAUUUGCCUCCAUUGUUUUUCUCUCCUUUGUUUUAAAGCCAUAAUGAGACUAUAAUAAUUUCACUUUAGGUGGUGGGAUCAGAGUUAAACAAUUCUUCACUAGAAGACUUCUCAGAGCUUUUAAUGUGAUAAGUACAUGAUUAUUUAUUUCUAAGUAAUAGCCUCAUGUAUGAAUGAAAUCUUUGAAAUCAGCAAGUCAAGUGCCUACAGAUUUAUAUAGAAUGAGAGCAAGCUGAUUAUUUUUGCAAGUACUAUAGCAGCAGGCUCCUGUAAAAUAAAACUAAUGAGGGUGGGGGAUGGUUCAGUGGUUAAACCAGUUGCUAUGCAAGUAUAAGGACAAUAUUUUGGAUCCCCAGCCCCCAUGCAGAAGUCAAAUGGGUAUAAGUCAAAUGGGUAUGGUGGCCCGCAUGUGGUCCUACCCCUCAGGAGGCAGAAUGGAAUCUUUAGAGCAAGUGGAUUAGCCAGACUAGCGUUAUCAACAAACAUGGAUUCAGGUGGGAGAAUUUGGAGAGCAGUUGGUGGAAUGAUCAAGGAAGACUCCUGAUAUUAAUCCAAUUGCACGUGCACCCACACACAUGUCUACCCCACACAUGCACACUACACACACACACACACACACACACACACACACACACACACACACACACACGAAAAAACAAAACCCCAAGGGCUGGAGUAGUGACUCGGCAGCUAACACUGCCUGCUCUUGCAGAGGAUCCAUCCGUUUGCAGUUCACAACCAUCUGUAACUCCAGUUCGGGGCAUCUGAUGCCCUCUUCUGGCCUCCUGGGACUCCUGUACACAAAUGGUCCACAUAAACUCACACAGAUGCACACAUACACAAAUAAAAAAAAUGGUUAAAAAAAAUUAAGCCCAAAAUAAAUCUAAUAAUGCUUGGAAAUAGACGUUCUCAAAAGUCUAACAUAGGUUAACUAAACGUUUUCCUACUGGUUUCACCCACACACUGACCUUGUAUCCACUUUACCCAUGAACCAUCAGUGAGUGCCCUUCAGAAAGCAAAGAUAGUUUUUUUUUUUUGUUGUUUUGUUUUGUUUUGUUUUGUUUUGUUUGCUGUUUAACUAUGGAGCCUGCCCCUCCUCGGUUGGCUCCUAUCAUUUUACAUUUCCUACCUAUUUUAACCACAGUGUCACACUGUUAAAGUUAUAAAUCAAAGUUUUACGUGAACUAUGCAGGAGACUGAGUCAUUUGAGUGACCUGUGUUGAAUUAAUCUAAACAGCAACUUUCUUGCUUGGCAGUUUCUAGUGCCAUUUACAGUGACUAUUUGAAAAACACUUUUUAAUGAAUGUCCCAUGGGGGAAAAUGACUUUUUCCCUUUGAUACCAAUGAUGACAUUUUAAAUGAUAUUUAUUUUGAAAUAAUUUUGACCAUUAAGAUCAUCUUGGAGAGAUGAUUGUGGUCAUUGUGUCAUUGACUGUCUUGCUAGGGAUGAAAAGUGAGCUUGGAGGAGUCUUCCCAGGCACAUUACCAGAAUGGUAGACUUGCUUCUGGGUUGGGAAUAGCACAGGGUAUAGUUCUCCAAACUCUCCUUCGUAAGUUAUGCCACUCUGGGAAGAAAAGUGGACCCCUGUAGUGAGUGAUUCCAGCUUGGGGUCAUACACUUGUCCAACAGAGAAAGCUGGAGUCAGUCAAAGACUGAUCCAUGGUAUCACUACUGUCUGAGUCUCUGGCCUUUCAGCCCCGUCAUCAUAGUCACGCAUCAGUUUUUAAGGCCAUGUGAUGGCUGAAGUUGCAACUGUCAUGGAAAGUGUGGACAGAAGAAGGUUAAAAAGAGGCUCCUGGUUAAGUCGGCCAUGUUGAGCAGCUUUCCCCAAAUUUGAUUAGCAUGUAUAUCUUAGGCCAAAACUUUGGCAAAGGAAGCAGGCGAAGGUCUUGUUUUGUGCAGAGCUAAAACUGUGGCUGAAGGGAUAAAAGGGAAGGUAGAUGUCAGAACCGCACCUGCCAGUCCCUGGCCUGUUCCCUCCACUUAGAUCUGGCUGGUAGCAAGCUGACUAGAAGCGCAGCACCGUUUUCUAUGGGGAGACCAGAUGUGUGAGCAGUAGAUGCGGCUCUUUGAAACACUGAAAACCUUCAUGCAAAGUCAGUCCUGCUGCCUAUAAGCUAAGAAACCUAGUUUUUCUUCUGCCUUUACAAGAAAAUUAAGUUGAGGUCAUGGGUACUUUUCCCAAAUAAUUUGAGGGCUAUACUGAGAUCAGUGCCUAAACACUUAGCUCUGUGUUAAAAUUUAAAAAAAAAAAAAA